UAAAAAGAAAAAGGGUAAAAAGAAAAAUAAUUAAAGAAAUCAGAAUGAGCAGAGGGCUUGGCUGUGGAGGGAAUGAGAAUAAUAAUAACGAUAAUAAAAGAGGGUUGAAUACCAUUCCAAGCUUACUGCGAAAAGCGCUCUAUUCUAUUUGCCGCGCCUCUGCCCCUCCUUCUCCAAUAUCUUCCGCUCCCAUCUCCUCCAAGUCAACGACCUCAACAUCAAUGGCGGAUGCUACCGAGACUCUUAAAACCAAGGUUUGCGUUAUUGGGAGUGGCCCUGCUGCCCACACUGCUGCCAUAUAUGCCGCCCGUGCCGAGCUCAAGCCUAUUCUCUUCGAAGGAUGGAUGGCCAACAACAUCGCUCCCGGCGGCCAGCUCACUACAACAACCGACGUUGAAAACUUCCCUGGAUUCCCCGAAGGCAUUCUUGGCAUCGAACUCAUGGACCAUUGUCGCAACCAGUCGCUUCGCUUUGGCACUCAGAUCUACACCGAGACCGUAACCAAGGUCGAUUUCUCAUCCAAGCCAUUUAAGGUCUUUGCCGAUUCGAAAACCGUCCUCGCCGAUUCUGUGAUUGUCGCCACUGGUGCGGUUGCCAAGCGAUUGACAUUUCCUGGCUCCGGUGAAGGGAAUGGGUUCUGGAAUCGGGGUAUUUCGGCUUGCGCUGUCUGUGAUGGAGCUGCGCCUAUUUUCAGAAACAAGCCCUUGGCGGUCAUUGGGGGCGGAGAUUCUGCCAUGGAAGAAGCCAAUUUCCUCACCAAGUAUGGCUCCAAAGUGUAUAUUAUCCACCGAAGAGACACUUUCAGAGCUUCCAAGAUCAUGCAACAGCGCGUCUCCAGCAACCCUAAAAUCGAGGUGAUCUGGAAUUCGGUGGUUAAGGAAGCUUAUAGCGACGCUAAUGGGCGAGUCCUGGGAGGUCUGAAGGUCCAUGAUCUGAUCUCCGGAAAGGUUUCUGAUUUGGCAGUUUCCGGAUUGUUCUUCGCUAUUGGUCACGAACCAGCCACCAAAUUCUUAGAUGGACAACUGCAACUCGAUUCUGAUGGGUAUGUGUUGACGAAGAGGCCAGGGACGACGCAUACCAGUAUCCCGGGAGUCUUUGCUGCUGGCGAUGUUCAGGACAAGAAGUACAGACAAGCUAUCACUGCCGCUGGUACAGGUUGCAUGGCAGCAUUGGAUGCGGAGCAUUACCUGCAAGAAAUUGGUUCUCAAGAGGGGAAGAGUGAUUGAUGAUAGACUUUGCCUGGGUUUCUCAAAGUUGGCCGUAGAGAAUUUGAAGACAAAUGGCCAAAUGUUAAGAACGACUGUGGAAGGGAAAGCUUGUUAAUUAUUGAUUUUGGGGAGCUUAUGGGGAGGGAUUGACGGGAAAUUGUUAUAGUAUUUUGGAAGAAGGUUAUUCAAGAUAACCUUUAACUUGUGCACUGGAUUUGUGGUGGUUGGUUUAAAAUCUAUUGCAGGUUUGGGGAGUAAGGUUUGAAAGUGUAAACUUGGUUUUCAUGCUUUGUAUUAUUUCUUACAUGGGAUAAUUUUAAAUAACAUUUGGAUCACCUUUUUCUUAAUUUAGAGACUUUUAAGACACUUUGGAGAUGAAA